UUUUAGAAGGAACUUGGACAUCCAGCUGCCCCCGAAGAGUCUGGAGGAGCGGUGCAACCGGAUCCUGCGGAACAUGGAGGGCGCGCUGACUGCCCGGGACCGCGUGGGCGUCCAGGACCUGGUCCUGCUGGAAGCCCACACCAGCGAGACCGCCCUCCUGGACAACCUGAGGAAGCGCUUUCACGAGAACCUCAUCUACACCUACAUCGGAACACUGCUGGUCUCACUCAACCCUUAUAAGGAGCUGGACACCUACAGCAAGAAGCACAUGGACACCUACAUGGGGGUCAACUUCUUUGAGCUUCCACCUCACAUCUAUGCUCUGGCCGACAACGUGUUCCGCACAAUGCUGAGCGAGUUCAACAACCACUUCAUCCUCAUCUCGGGGGAGAGCGGCGCGGGCAAGACGGAGACCUCCAAGAAGGUGCUCCAGUACUACGCUGUCAGCUGCCCCAACACCAGCCUCCUGGACAACGUCCGCGACCGCCUGCUGCUGUCCAACCCCGUGCUGGAGGCUUUUGGAAAUGCCAAAACCCUGAAGAACGACAACUCAAGCCGGUUUGGAAAGUACAUGGACAUCCAGUUUGACCAUCAGGGAGGAGCCGUGGGGGGCCACAUCCUGAGCUACCUGCUGGAGAAGUCGCGGGUCGUGCAUCAGAACCACGGAGAGAGGAACUUCCACAUAUUUUAUCAGCUGGUGGCCGGGGGAGAUGACGAGCUCCUUCGCUGGCUGGGCCUUGAGAGGAACUGCCAGAACUACAGUUACCUGGUACAGGGGGAUUGUGCCAAAGUUACCUCUAUCAACGACAAGAGGGACUGGAAGAUCGUCAGGAGCGCCCUCUCCAUCAUAGAAUUCAGUGAGAAGGAUGUGGAGCAACUGUUUGCUAUAAUUGCAAGCGUGCUUCAUCUGGGGAACGUGAAGUUUGCAACUGACGCUCUGGGAUACGCUGUUCUCAAAAAUGUUCCAGAGCUACACUGGCUGUCAAAGCUGCUGGGGAUUCCUUCACAGGUGCUGCAACAGGGAUUAACUCACAAGAAGAUCGAAGCCAAAAUGGAGGAGGUGUACAGUCCUUUUGCUGUUGACCACGCGCUGUACGCCAGGGACGCCCUCGCCAAAGCCAUCUAUGGCCGAACCUUCAACUGGCUGGUGAACAAGGUCAACGAGUCAUUAGCUAACAAGGACUCAUCUAGGAAGACAGUGAUUGGCCUCUUGGACAUUUAUGGGUUUGAGGUUUUCCACGUGAACAGCUUUGAGCAGUUUUGCAUUAACUACUGCAACGAGAAGCUGCAGCAGUUAUUCAUCCAGCUGACGUUGAAGUCCGAGCAGGAAGAGUACCAGAUGGAGGGAAUCGAGUGGGAACCUGUGCCAUAUUUCAACAACAAGAUCAUCUGUGACUUGGUGGAGGAGAAGCACAGGGGGAUCAUCUCUGUAUUGGACGAGGAGUGUCUGCGUCCUGGGGAGGCCACAGACCUCACAUUCCUGGAGAAGCUGGAGGAGAAGAUGGGAGGCCAUCCUCACUUUGUGACACAUAAACUGGCCGAUCAGAAGACCAGGAAAACCAUGCAGCGAGGGGACUUCCGCCUCCUGCACUACGCAGGGGAAGUGACGUACUGUGUGGUUGGAUUCCUGGACAAAAACAAUGAUCUGUUGUAUAGAAAUGUUAAAGAGGUCAUGCGGCAGUCCAAGAACACCAUCAUCAAACACUGCUUCCCUUACACGGAGCCGGACAGCAAGAAAAGACCAGAAACGGUGGUGACCCAGUUCAAGGGCAGCCUGGCGGGCCUGACCGACGUCCUCAUGAGCAAAGAGCCGUGGUACGUCCGCUGCAUCAAGCCCAACGACGGCAAAAAAGCAGGCCGCUUCGACGACGUGUUGGUGAGGCAUCAGGUCAAGUAUCUGGGCCUCAUGGAGCACCUCCGGGUCAGGAGGGCCGGCUUCGCUUACCGCCGCAGAUACGACAUCUUCCUCGCCAGGUACAAGCCCUUGUGUCCGUCCACUUGGCCCAAAUGGAAAGGUUCGGCCUCUGAAGGCGUGCUCUGUCUGGUCAAACACCUGGGCUACAAACCCAAUGAAUACAAGAUGGGCCGGACCAAGAUUUUCAUCCGCCACCCCAAAACACUGUUCGCUACGGAGGACGCGUUUGAGCUCUGCAAGCAUGACCUGGCGACACGGAUCCAGGCCAAGUACAAAGGUUACCGGGCUAAAGGAGACUACCUAAAGCAGCGAGAAGCCGCCACUAAAAUUGAGAACUGUUGGAGAGGGAUGAUGGCCAGGAAAGAGAGGGACAAACGUGCAUGGGCUGUCAAGGUGAUCAAACGGUUCAUCAAGGGUUUCAUGAUGAGGAACCAGCCGGCUUGUAGUGACAACACAGAGUACCUGGCGUUUGUCAGACAGAACUACCUCACCAGGCUGAAGGGCAACCUGCCCAAAACGCUGUUGGACAAAAACAGCUGGCCGACCCCUCCUCCCAUCAUGCAAGAGGCUGCACAACUGUUGCACAUGCUUUACAUUCGCCACAUGGUACGGAAGUACGUUCGCAGUAUACCUGCCCAAAGAAAAACUCAGCUUCAAUUUAAAGCGCUCACCAGCUCCAUGUUCAAAGGGAAGAAGGAAAACUAUCCUUUCAGUGUUUGUCAACCGUUUCAGGACACCAGGAUAAGUGAGGGAGACAUCAACCUAAAGGUGCUGCAGACCAUUCGCCACGAGGGCAUCAAGUACAGCGUGCCCUUGGUGAAGUACGACAGGAACGGCUUCAGGCCUCGUCUGAGGCAGCUCAUCCUGACGCAGGCCGCCGCCUACCUGGUGGAGGAGGCCAAGAUCAAACAGAGGAUCGACUUCAACUCCCUUAAAGGUGUGUCAGUCAGCAACCUGAGUGACAACUUCCUAAUUGUCCAUGUGGUGUACGAUGAAACAAAGCAAAAGGGGGAUCUGAUUCUACAGUGUGACUACCUGUUUGAAGCCUUGACUAAGUUGUCUCACAUUAGCAACAAAGAAAGCUGUAUCAAAGUGGUCCAGGGCAGUGUGCGUUUUGAUAUCCAGCCUGGCAGAGAGGGGUUCAUUGACUUCAAGAGCGGUCAAGAAUCUAUGAUUUACAGGUCAAAGAACGGCCAUUUGAUGGUGGAAUCAACCAGAACCAGGUCAAGAUGAUCUCCGUGACAACAGAGGGAUGGCGCUGCUCUUCUCCUAAGGCCACCACCGACUUCAGAAACAGCCAUGUUCAAUCUGCCAUUCUGCCCAAUAAUUUGUACUAAUCAAAUGUAAAUCCAAAACGUGUAAACAAAGUAAAAACCAGUGUAAAUAUUACCACCAGUAGCUUAGCUAUAGAUGGGCAGAGAAGACUUCCAUAAGUCAGUCUGAUCCGACAAAAUUACUCUUCAAUGUGUCCUAUAUGCUUAUAGACACUUAUGCUUAGUAGCCACUCCAGGCUCACUAACAGUCGGUAGUGUUCAGGCAUCAUUGGAAGCAGAGUAUUUUUUUUUUUACCUUGGAAAGAAAUAAUGAGCAGUGAUAUCAAUGUAGAGAUACACAACUGUGUUUAGAACUUCCUUAGAACCUUUUUGAUGUCAUUUUAUUAUUUUAUGGGAGUAAGUAGUGCUGGAUAAUUUUAAAAAGUGUGAAGCCACUUUCGACAAUGUUAAAACUUUUGUAACUGCGUGUUACAAAAGUUCAUCUUUACAUUAAACAAUACUAGUACCUAUACAUUACCACCUAUGUGAGUUGUAUAUUACGUCAUUCUAGGAAAUGCGAUUAGCUUUUUUUUCAUGGAGAGCAACAGUGUUGGGGCUCUCAGAUUACUUUUUUAUGUUGUAACAAGUAAUGUAGCGUAUUAGCUUUGCAAUUCAAGCAAUCAGGUAUGUAGUACCCUGUUCAAUCAAGCAAUCCCAGACGCAUUUGCACUGUUUCCUUCAGACUCCUGCUUUGAUGGCCGCGUACGGUGCAUGUGUAGUGCCGUACCAUUUCAUAAAGCAGUACAA